ACUGUAUUCGGACAUUGUCUGAUCCGGACGUUUAUAUCUUCUUAUAGCGAUUCCAUGGUGAUAUGGUAAGAAUCCUCUCAAACCUGCCCUGGCUGGACUAGAGAAUUAAGUGGUGAAAAUGAUGCGUUCAGGAAUGGUUUUACUACUGUUGGAGUUGGGAAUAUUUCUGAUGCUCUCUCUGAAAGGCCAUUGUGUGAAGAUCAGCAGAAGUAGCAACAAGAGUGGAGGCGAUUUCGACUUUGAGAUUGAUCCAUAUAAGGAAUUUGAACUUACCCAUGUUUUGACGCACGGACGGGAAUAUUCACAAUAUUUGCUGAAGAACAACACUAUUAGGUACUUUUACAUUCUGCGUCGAGAACGUGUACCUUUAUCGCUAGAAGUCACACCCUGUAUAUCCCGCCUGGACUGGAACGUUACCCUCAUCAGAAGACUGCCUGAAGAAACACCACUUGUCACUGAUUACGAUGAGCUUAACGACCAGUUCCGUUCGACAAGUAGCCAAGCUCUGGGCCUACGUCUUUACCGUUACUCUGGAGAUGAACGUAACAGCUACUCUACGGGCAGUGCGGAGUCUGGCAUAUACAAAAUUGAUGUGAAAUCACUGGAUAGUGACACUUUUGUGAAACUAUUCGCUCGGGUAUCACAUGACCACACUGCGAUAACGAACAGUGGGUCUUCCACUCUCGGUAAGGUAAAUGUUCGACAGAAAGGGAAACGACGUCUGAAGAUAUCUUGGUCGUCACAUCCUGACCAGGCUGUGCCAGUCCAGUACUGUGUGGCCAUUAAUCGACAGAAGAACUACAAAACGCAAUGCGGCUUCCGAUCGUACGCUUUUGGAGACAAACCCAAGUUAAAACGGUGGUCUUUUUUCUACAAGAAGAACUUCAAGUCAACCAGGAGAACGAUGUCUCCAGUUCGAGCAGCACCGGCGAGAGAUUUCAGUUACAAGUGUAUUGGCAAUAAAACGGCUUACAGCUACAAGGGCCUUCGCCAGGGACAAAUGUACUACAUCGAUGUGUUCGUCAUGGAUACAACGUCAAAACGAAUGAUCUCCCAUCUGGGCACGAGCAUCAGAGCCAGGACAAAAAGCAGUGCGAAGACAACCGUGAAACUCUCAGACGGCAAAGCUAAAUCUAUUACUCUGAAGAGAAGGCUGAGAUCGCAGAAAUUCAUGUAUGAGCUAAAAUCACCGGCCGAACAACUCAUGCUUUCUAUUAACCCUUGUGGGGGCUCCGUACGAAUGAAGCUUUAUUCGGAGAAGUCACUAAUUAAGAAAGCCAAAAUAAAGUCACUUGAAUAUUUCACUAUCGACGACGCACAGCCCAGUAAGUACUUUAUAAUGGUUUCAAUGAAAGGCAGAAAGGCUCGCCAAUUCUCAAUUUUGGCAACAACUCGGCCAUCCAAGUUUCUGUACCCAAAGUUGCCGGAAAACACACAGAUUAAUGUUUAUCAAAGUCUGAUUAAGUGCAAUUCAGUCACAAUCGGAUGGAUGGUGACAGAAAAAAGACAAAAGUAUUGCAUUUAUAAACGAGAAGUGAACGAUUCAUACAAAAAGUCAACCAGUGUAAUGUGUGAAGGACCGAAGUAUCGGAAAAAGAGCGAGAAAGUCAAGUGUGCUUACUUUCGUCAUAAGAACAAAAAAAGAUCGGUAAAGACUGAAAAAAUCUCUGAUUUAAAGCCAGGUACAGACUAUAUUUUAGAUAUUUAUGUGAGUAAGAGACGAUUAAGCAUGCCCUAUGACAGUGUUAGGGUACGAACCAAGGAUAAAUGUUAAGAUGUUGAUAUUCCAUCAAAGGCUAUAAGCCAAGACAUAAUCGGGGUAUAUCGGUACCGGUUCAAAUGGCGACUGAUCUGUGCCAAACAGCAGCAAAAUACUAGUAGCGGUAAGGCUGUCUAAUUGGCACAUGGCCUAAACCGAUCCCUCACGGAUUUCCACAACCGACUCCCCAUCGAGACUUACCAGAAUAUUAAGCCCGGUUAAAAGGGGGGCAAAUGACCAGCCAGGUUUUGUCUGGCGAAACUCGUGUAUUUCCAUGGUUAUAGUGGACACCAGUCAGUGCCAUUUCUCCUCGGAAUCUCGCUACCCUUGAACGAGAACAGGCUGCCAUAGAAGCAGAUUUGCUAAGCUGAUUGCUCAAUGGGAUAUGUUUGUAUAAGAUGAUGGUAAAGUGCAUUUUUGACACGUAGGCUUACGAAUUGCUAAUCAGGGCGUGUGUAGGCAAAUGAGUACCGUUCACCAAAAGGAAGAGGGCAUAUCCGGCUGUGUAACAAUCAUAUGGUUGAACGGUGUCUCAGCCAUGACAACUGCGCGUGAACAGAUACUGACCCGUGAUAACGGUGAAUGUGGUAACAGGUAUGAUUACCUUAUUUUCAUAAACUCCCGAUAUACUUCGUGGAUGCUGACUCCAAAUCGUGGACUCACGCAAUGAUGAAAUCCAAUUCUGUGAACGUAAAAUAUAGUUCUACAACUUGUAUUUAUUGCUUUGGCUAUGUGAACUUCAGAAUUUAGCCAACAAGCAUGUGUUGUAGGUGACUGACCAAUGCCGGAUGUUAUAGAUAUGCAUGCUUCGUCAGACUGACUGUGAAAUAUAGACGCUUACUGGUUCACGCGAUUUCAUUCUUACUAUCUGACAGCAUUAUAACUUGUCGUAAAUUGACUUGAGGAGAUUGCAUUACAAAUAUGUAUGAUAUAAAUUAUUUUCUUCUCAUUGUCGUAUUUAUAUAUGAGAAGACAUAUAUAUGAUAUAUGUAAUUAAGAAAUGAAGAUUAAUGUUGCUGUUUUGUACAUAGCCUACAGGAGCAAUAGUGCUAUGGCAUCCAUGUACAUGUUUAGAUAUGCUCGGGCCGCUUAUGGGCGGGACGGGUAGACCAAUGUAAGGGUUUAGAUCGAUGUAUAAAAUUUCUACAGAAUCAAGUAGUUCAUAAUCUGUUCAUGUUUAAAAUGUUACUGUAGAGAAGUAAGUAUAUAAUUGUACUGGUGUCAAGUCAAACUCCGUUGAUGUUCAGUUUACCAUAUUGCCAGUGUGAUAUAUGUGGAUGUUUUGUCAUUACGCGCACACACCUGUCUGGUUGCCUCACCCUCCUGAUUGACUUGUUCACACAAUAAGCUCUCGUCAUUUUAUUUUCGGGAAGCAUUAUCCCGUGUUGUACCAUUUUACACCGAAUUUCCUGAUUAUUUUCAUUCUGUUUUUAUAUAAUUUGGUGUGAUUAUUUAUUUUGAAUCAGACAGUAUUCUUUGAUACAGUAUGCUCUAGGCGCUAUUUUCUUUGAAACGAAAAUUCUGACUUGUUAGUAUUGUCGAUUUGUUUUAACAGGCUAACAGGGUUGGAAAAUAGUGUAAGUGUAAAGUAACGAAUUAAAAUUAAUAGUCAAUAAGUAGAUAAGCACAUAUGGGGGUGUAAGCGUCAAAAGAUAAUGGUAUACCAUGAUAGUGGAAUGUUUGUUAGAAGCUUUACAGGUUUACAUGUCGAAACCGCUGGAUUUCACACUCAAUUAUACUUAGAUUAAAUACAAAGAAGAAAGUUUAGCCAUAUUGCCUGUGGUAAAUUGUGUGUCUAAAUUAUAUUUCAUAGUGUAUGUCGAAGUACCCUUUCCACAGCUUUCAUAUAAUAUUUAUGAAGGUAAUUUCUUGUUUUGCAAGAUGCAAAAAAUACACGAAAUGCUUUGUGAUUCGUGUUUCCUUGUCGCGACGUCAUAAUGUAUUUCAUAUGUCUAUAGCACAGACUAUUUUUCUGUUAUUAAGAUAGAUUACCGUGAUAUUAACGUAUUUUCAGAGCAAGUUCCUCGUGUUUUUACAUAGAAGCUUGAUGGGUCUUCAGUAUAUCAUUUACGGCAUUGUCUGUGCCAUUUAAAUGCAAACGGAUAUUUAUAACGAUCGCUUAUUUAUACCAUAUUAUGUAAAUAUGUGAGUUAGACUGACUGGUGUCAAACUGUGAAAAUCGUUAUCGCAUCUUAUGAUUAUCUGCCUAUGAACUAGUCAAGUGAUUAUAUGUAACGACUUGGAACUGAUGAGGUGGAUGGAUUCGUAUUUACUGAGAUCGAUGAAUGGAAUCGAAAACUGGAAAUGUCUACUUUUAUUUGUUUGCGGAGUUGCAACAAGCUAAGAAACUGACCCCUUUUAAAUUACAGUCCUUAUUCAGUUACUGAUGUCAUUUAAUAUCACUUUCUGUCUUAAAAGCUCUAAUAAUUUGGAUGAUUAUUACAGUUUUAGGGUAUGACGGGAUGGUAAAUUCGAUUAGCACUGCAAAAAUAUAUAUUCUCCUUGUCCAUUUAUAUUCAGCUGCCGAUGUAUUGCUUAAAAAACGUCUGAUAGGAGACUUUGUUAGCUGGUAAAGAGAAGGAGACUUUGUGGACGUGCACACUUUAGGCAUACAGGGGAUCCUGUGACGUCACACAAUGGUUGUGAUAUACUGGGAUACCUCAUAUUGUAACAGACUGGAGAAAAGAUUGACUCCAAACUGUGGUGAACAGAGUGUUUUUAUUUGGUUCUUCUGGUUGCCAGGGGCGUGGUUAUAUGAUGUCAGUCAUUCUCUCGUUACUGUGUUAUUAUUAUUCUUGUUCAUGUAGGGCUAAUACUGACAUUUGUACGGCGAACGUUGCAAAUAAAUGUGUAUAUAAUGAUCAA